CUACGAGGGGCUCCCUGUCCCCCUGACCCCCUCGCUCCCUCCGGCUCGCAGGCCCUUACCCUGUCUCCCCCAGUCAUCCACCCCCACUCUCUGUCCCACUCUGGCUCUACCUCCAGUGGCACCAGUGCCAAGUUCCUACCCGUACCACAGCCACCCCAGCCCCCGGCCAGGCCUUCCUCUCCCCGCCUCUCCAUCUCCCUCACCCAGUCCCCCAGCCUGUGGCAAGAGAUCCCUGAGGUCAGGAACAGUGCUGUGUUUGGGGAGCUGACUAACGACCAGAGACGCCUGCAGGAGGUGCAGUUUGAGGUUGUAACUUCAGAAGCGUCGUACUGUCGUAGUCUGGAUAUUGUGGUGGAUCACUUUGUCAAGUCUAAGCAGCUCGGGGAGCUGUUGACUACUCAGGACAGGAGCUGGCUGUUCUCCAGGCUGGCUGAUGUCCGAGCCAUCAGCCACAGUUUUCUGUCGAAGCUGGAAGAGAGGGUAGAAUCUGAUAUGAUGCACUUCACCGUGUGUGACAUCAUCGUUCGCCACUGUCAACGCUUCAAGAAGGUCUACGUGCCCUACCUCACCAACCAAUCAUAUCAGGAUGCCACUUACCAGAGACUCAUGGAUGAGAACCAAGGGUUCAGGCGGGUAGUGGAGAAGUUGGAACGCAGUCCAGUGUGUCAGCGUCUUCCUCUUCGCUCCUUCCUCAUCCUCCCCUUCCAGAGGAUCACACGAAUCAAACUCCUUGUGCAGAACAUUGUGAAGAGAACAGCCCAAGGCACAGAGGAGGAGGUCCAGGCCAUCAAAGCUAUGAAGCUACUGGAGAGGUUGAUCCAGGAGAGCAAUGACAGUAUUACUCAGAUGAAGAGCAUUGAGUCGCUUGUCUCUCUCAGUGCCAGAGUGGACUUUGAAUGCAGGACUCUCCCCCUGGUCAGUCAGUCUCGUAGGCUGGUGAGAGAGGGGCCGGUGACUGAGAUGAUGGAUUUCUCUCUGAAGGAGACAGAGAGGAGUGUCUACCUUCACCUCUUCAAUGACUACCUGCUGCUGUCGCUGAACAAAGAAGGGGGCAGGUUCACGGUGAUAGACCAUGCUCCAGUGUCAGAACUGCGAGCUGAGAACUGUCGGGUCAAACUGCACUCUCUAGAGAAGAACCUUUUCCGCCUCCACCUUAACAAGAAAGCCCUGCUACUUAGCACCGACACACAAGGUGAUAAACUGCGUUGGAUCUCAGCGGUCUCCAGACCCCAUCCUGUUAUUGACUACUCUGCAGAACAAGACUUCACACAGAUGCAGUGCGUCCGAGCCUUCGUUGCCCACCAACCAGAUGAGCUGUCCCUGGAGAAGGCUGAGGUCAUUCUCGUCCACCAGCAGAGCAGCGACGGUUGGGUGGAGGGGACCAGGCUGUCAGACAGACACAGAGGAUGGACUCCUGAGUCCCAUUUGGAAACCAUAGCCAGCCUCAGGGUCCGACAGCGCAACCUGCUGGAUGCUCUAAAGAUUACCACAGCCACGGCUGCAGUAUGACAAACCAUCCACUGUCUGACUGCGCUGGGGGAAUCCUAGUCACUGUGUAUCAAUGUGGUGGAGUUACUGUGGACCUGUGGAUUUGGACAGUGGAUGAAACAUAGUGUUUCAGACUGGAGUUGUCCUUCCCGGCCUCAGCCUGCUUAUUGGGGAUGAACGGCAAGGGGAUGAAUGGCUUUAGAGGGGGUGCCUUAGAUGGGGGUGCCUUAGAGAGAGGCACUGGACUGACAUGAAUACCUUUAACACUUACAGGAGUGUCAACGUAAAUUAUUGGAAGAGUUUUGGAGGUAUCUGUGAGUGUCUAGGGUAGCCUUGUAAAUCAAACCUUGCGAAUGAAUGCCGAUUGACUGUUACAGGAUCUAUUGGAAGUCAGCCAUCUAAGAACAUCAGUGGAUUGAGGACCUGUGGCCCCGGAGAAGGACAGAAGUUUCUCCAUAACUACUUUACUUGGGGACUUUAAAAAGACAUGGUAUGGGGCCUCCCGAGUGGCACAGCGGUCUAAGGCCACUACAGGUCACUACAGACCUGGGUUCGAUCCCAGGCUCUGUCACAGCCGGCCACGACCCAGGAGACCCAUGAGGCGGCAUACAAUUGGCCCAGCGUCGUCCGGGUUAGGGGAAGGUUUGGCCGGCUGGGAUGUCCUCGUCCCAUUGUGCUCUAGUGACUCUUGCACGCUGACUUCGUUUGCCAAUUGUACAGUGUUUCCUCCACAUUGGCUGGCUUCUGGGUUAAGCAAGCAGUUUUGGAAGACGCCUGGCUCUCGACCUUCACCUCUCCCGAGUCCGUACAGGAGUUGCAGCGAUGAGACAAGACUGUAACUACCAAUUGGAUAUCAUGAAAAAGGGGUAAAAAGUACAAAAAUAAGACAUGGUAUGAUACACCAUGGCAGUGUUUUGCAAUAGAGGUUAUUGUAUUUGAACAAAAUGUUUCUACAUAUUCAGGGAAAUGUAUCAUUUGUGUAUAUUACAAAGAUUUUCAUAAAUCACUUUUAUGGGGGGUACUUAUUUGCUGACGGCUCAAAUUGAAUAGUUCCGCUGCUCUAUGUUCACUACAUACUUCAGUAUAAGACUGCCGUCGUUUGUGGUGAUGUUUAAAUGAGGGGUGUUGUACAAAACAAAUUAAUCAGCGACUUGAUCAUCUUUAACCAAUCAGAGUAUCAAAGACAAUGACAAAUGUUUUAAACGCCGCUUUACGUGUGCUCUGGAUCUGGCCCAACCCAUUGGUUUCUGGGACCAAUCAGAACGGUUAGAAUGUGUUUGCUUUCUAGAAAUUGUCAGGGAGGUACUCAGAUUCAGAUCCGGAGAAGACACUAAUGUCUGUGGACAUGGCGUAGCAUUUGGCUGGAGCAAAGAGUUUGAGUAGCCAGGCAAGGAUACUUAAUCCCAUUUGAGAUACAGAAGACUAUGAGAUAAAGAGAGUUUGCAUGCACAUUGUUAAGAAUGUUGAAAGGGCUGUAAGUGGAAUACAUUUCCAGGACUGUGCAUGUAGCCUACACAAUUUGAUUUUAUGAAAAAGAGGUGCAAUGAUCAAAAUAAGCAGUUCUGUCUGUGUUGAGGAGACGGAGAAAGUAUGCUUUGGAAAUAAAUGACGAUACUCAUGAA